UGGGUUUUUUCUUUGGACCUCCACAAACAAAAAAGCUUUGACUGCACUUUCAAUUAAACUAGAGAACACAAAAGAAAGACACCGGUGUUGUUUUCUAAAGGGUGCGGAUUAUUUCCCAUCGCCAUUUUCAGGCACCAGACACCGGCAGGAUGGACACCGACUACUCGGGUUUAGAAAACCCUCUCUAUAGCGAGCUGAAAUAUUUCUGUAAAAAGAUACAGGAAGCCUACAACGAAUUAAAAGAAGACUUGACACCUUAUCGAGACGAUCGAUUUUACAGGUUGGCCCCUAUGAGGCUCUACACCCUCUCCAAAAGACAUUUUGUCCUUGUGUUCGUGGUCUUCUUGGUCUGCUUUAGCCUCACAGUCUUCAUCGGUAUUGAAGGCCCAAGCAUAAUUGCAGAGACCAAAUGCAAUGGCGAAGAACUGCUUGUAAAAAACCAUUCAAUAAAGACUGGCCCCUUUCACCUGAAGUCUCCUCCCCUCACCACCUACAACCAGCAGCUGUGGCUCACCUGCCUGAUGCAGGUGGAACACAGCAAUGUGGUGGACUUCCAGCAGCACUUUGAAAUCAACGUGGAGCUGAAGGGAGUGAUGCAGGACGCCAGUGUGAUGCACAUCAGUAACAACGUGCAUCAGAAACCACGCACGUUGCACUGUGGCGCUAAGUGUGAUGAGAUCAUUGUGGUCCACCUGGGCUACCUGAACUACACCCAGUACCAGAUUAACGUGAGCUUCAAAGGCCUAGAGAAUGUUACCUACGACGUCAAAGUCAACUUUAUGUGGAAGAUGUAUAAUCCCUUGUUCUCGCAAGUGGAAAUCUGGUUCCGCUUCGUCUUUGUGGUUUUGACCUUCAUGGUGACGUGCAUGUUUGCCCACUCACUGAGGAAGUUCUCCAUGAGGGACUGGGGCAUUGAGCAGAAGUGGAUGUCCAUCCUGCUGCCUCUCCUUCUGCUGUACAAUGAUCCAUUUUUCCCUCUGUCGUUCCUGGUGAACAGCUGGUUCCCAGGAACCCUGGACGCGUUCUUCCAGGCCCUCUUCCUGUGUGCCCUGUUACUGUUCUGGCUCUGUGUCUACCAUGGCAUCAGGGUUCAGGGUGAGAGGAAAUGUUUGACGUUCUACUUGCCCAAGCUGGUCAUCGUAGGCCUCCUGUGGCUUUCUGCAGUGACACUGGGAAUUUGGCAGACAGUCAAUGAACUCCAGGACCCAACCUACCAGUACAAAGUUGACAUAGCAAACUUCCAGGGAAUGAAGAUCUUCUUCCUGAUUGUGGUGACACUGUAUAUCCUGUACCUGAUCUUCCUCAUUGUCCGAGCAUGCUCUGAGCUCAAGAACAUGCCGUACACAGAUCUGCGCUUGAAGUUUCUGACUGCCCUGACAUUUGUGGUCCUUGUGAUAAGUAUGGUCAUAUUGUACCUCCGGUUUGGUUCCAAGGCUCUACAAGACAACUUUGUUGCAGAGUUGUCCACCCACUACCAGAACUCAGCUGAAUUCUUAUCAUUCUACGGCCUGCUCAACUUUUAUUUAUACACAUUAGCUUUUGUGUACUCCCCUUCUAAAAAUGCUCUUUAUGAUUCCCAAUUGAAGGACAAUCCCGCUUUCUCUAUGCUUAAUGACUCUGAUGAUGAAGUAAUAUAUGGGAGCGACUACGAGGAAAUGCCUUUACAAAAUGGCCGUGCCAUCAAAGCAACCGCCAAGUACCAGGAUGAGAGCGACACUGACUGAUGUGAUCUCUGAUUGGAGCAUCACUUGCUCUCCUGUCGUGUUUGAGGUGCCAGGUGGAGUAUUUAACAAACCACCCGAUUUCAAUAAGGAGUGUUUGCAUAGGUUAUGCAAAUAGUGAUAUACUGUAAGUGUACAUAACUAUAUUUUUAAAUAGAAAACUGGAAAGUCUUUUGAAUGUAAUUUCACUGAAAGGAAAAGACUGCAGGUGUGGUCGGACAAUGUUUUUGUAGCAUUUCAUAGUUCCAAACUUUCGGUGGAAUUUAAAAGGAAACUACAUUUAGCCACAUCAAAACUACCCUUUUUCAUGACUUGCAUUUCCUUAUUUCUAAUUGAUAUAGAUGAACAGUGGUAAAGGGAACAGUGCCAAUAAUGAUAAUAGGAUCUUUUUAUUUAUAGGGAAAAUCAAAGGUUAUCAAAGUUUGUUUUGAAAUUGUGUCAAACCACUAUCAUAUCUUUCUGUGCUUUGUAUUUGUGUUGUUUGCCCAUUUUUAAGGGGAGUAUUUCUAGAAAUCUAGAUUGCCACUGUUAUGACUCAUGCACAUAUCUUGAUCCACAUAUUUAAUGUGUUCAGUUGUUAAUUGUAGAGUAUUUUGUUGACACCCCCUGAGGACUUCCAGUGUGACCCAUGUUACUAUAGUAACAUUGUACCUUAAGUGGGGUUGGUAUGGCUACAUAUGUCCUCUCCUUUGCCAACCUUUACAUACCUGUAGCAGCUUUAUGAUUGCACUCCAUGUGUGGGAAUGUACUUUACCUUUGCCCCAGUGAUGGCUUUUGAUAUUGUAUUGUUUUUGCUUUCAUUGUUGUCAUCAGCUUUCGUUUUCCUGAAACAUUUAAAGAAUCGAAUGACUUUGGACAUCAUUCCAAUGAACUGUCUCAUGAAUGCUUCACUGUUUGUGCUUAUUUGUAUGAAACCGUUGGCCUGCAUAUUUACUUCAUGCCAAUUCUUCAAACAAGUCUGUUCUGCCUUUUUAUUAAGUGGAACUAUGUUCUUCCUUCAUUUUUAAAUCUGAACUGUAUUAUCUAUA